AUGUCGUCGUCGGACAAUAGCCCCUCCAAGGAGGAUAUUCGAGGACAGUUAUCCGACAUCCAGAAGCGACUCUUCCACAAGAAAAGUGACAAGUCCUUACGAAACAUCAACGAGCCCAAAAAUGAUCAAGAAAACUUGUUCUCUUUGCCUCCAUUGCCAAAGGUUGGCUCAACAAGCAAGAAGAGCCAACGCGCCUCUCUUCCCGCCAUUUCAGCUAUUACACAACCAACCCCCACUUUGGGACCCGAAUCUAAGGGAAAUGACAUGAAUUUUGUCGUUGGUUUGAGUGAAAAUCUCUUGGGAGAGUGUAGGAGACUUACAGCUGAAAACCAGAAAUAUAAAGCUAAGUUGAAGACCUCAAUGGACGACAUUGAGGCUUUCAAAGAUGAAAUAUUCAAGUUGAAAAAUUCCAGGGCUUCCCAAAUCAAUAACGAAAGCGAUUUGAAGGAUAAAAACUGGGAGCUAGAAUCAAACUUGAUGAACUUGAAUGAUCAAGUGUCUUCUCUUAGCACUAACAAAGAAAAAUUGCAUAAGUUGAAUCAAGACUUGCAAUUGAAAUUGAAUGCCAUCCAGAAAGAAAAUGAUGAUCUUUUAAUCAAACAUCAGUCUGUGUCCAAAAACUAUGAUCUGUUAAAACUGACAUACAACAAAGAGAUAAAUGACUUGAAUGACAAGAUAGAGGAAUUGAAUGACGAAAACGAUCAAUUACACUUAAAAUUGACAAAUUCCAAGGAAAACAAAUCUUUCUCUGCUCAAUCAGAAUCAGAAGCUAUUAAUUCACAAUCGGCAUUAACUAUUGGAGAUGAUUCAGAUGAUGAAUCUGUCGAUUUUGACAGCAUCCUUCUUGACUCCCAACCAAUGGAAUUGCCCAAUAUAGAUCCAAGAAACCCUCAACUUGAAAUUGAGACAUUGAGGGCAACCUUGAAUCAUUCGAAUAGAACUAUUGCCAAGUUGAGAUCUGCAAUUUUGAAGUCUAGAAAAGAAGAAAACCAACUCCAGCAGCAACGUCUGAAGACCCCUAUGAAGUUGCAACCUUUGAAAUCCAAUAAAAAAGUGAAAUCCAAUAGUGAGAUCAAAGCUAACUUGAGCCGUUCGUCUGGAAUGUCUCCCGCAAAGAGAAGCUCAAAAUAUAAUAUAAUUGAUGAUGAAACCGAGUCAAAUCUUACCAAAGAUAGUGGAAAGUGGGAAGACUUUAUUGGCGAUAAUAUUAAUACCCCUACCAAGCCAAGAUUAGUCGAAGAUCCUACAAUGUCUGAUGUUGAGUCCUCCCAUAGUAGAGGAAUAAAUGUUACCGCAAUCACCGGUGACUUUAAUAUUCCUUACUUAAUUGAUUCAGAUUCGUCUGAUUCAGAUUUGGACAAACAUUCUCCAACCACUAUUAAGAAGAAGUCCAUUUUGUCAAAAGAAUUGAAUUCGGAUACUUCAAAGAGACAGAUAGAAACUUAUGCAGCUGACAAUAACCUUAUAAUGAUACCUUUUGAAAAGUAUGAAGAAUUAUCUAAAAAUAAUAUCAAUGAGAUGAAAGUUGAAAAUUUAAUAGAAUUUACUGAAGGGAAGGGUUAUACUGUCUUGACAAAACUGCAAUACGAGGAGCUUAUUGAUGAGCAGGAAAUGCAAAAGAAACUUCAAUCUAGUGGAUUGGUUACCUUACCUAAUGAAUACAAGGAAUUACAAAAGACGGUUGCUGAACAUGAGAAGCCUGAUAAACAAUAUUUAACCAAUAAGGCUAAUGAACUCGGAUUCAUAUUAUCUUCCGCUAAAUUUUAUGAUGAGCUAGUCAAAUUGGCUCAUGAUCCAUCGAUAGAGCAUAUCAACACGAAAGCAUUGGAGAAGAAUUUGGUCACAUUGUCUACCGAUGAUCAUUCCAACCUUCAAAAGCCAUCACUAGAGGUCUUGGCUAACCAUGCAAAGAGAUUCGGGUCUAUCGUUUUACCGGAAGAAGAGUAUCAGUCUUUGUUGAGUCCAUCCGCAGAAGUUGUCAAAAAGCAUGCAGAAUCGUUUGACAUGGUAGCAAUUCCUAAAUCUCAUUUUGAGAUGUUAAAGGAAUCACAAGAGAAUCCAACCUUGGAAUACUUGAAAUCAAAAUCUUCAAAAUUAAAGCAACGCUUAGUUUCCGAAGAAGAUUACGCUUCUUUGCAGAAGACUAUCGAUUCUCCUACUUUGGAAUACAUAACUUCUAAAGCAAGCGAAGCAGGCCACUUGGUUGUUAAAAACGAAUCGUUUGAUUCAUUGAAGAAAUUGGCACAUGAGCCUCCAUUGAACCAUCUUAAGUUGCAGGCAGAAAAGCAUGGCUUGCUUACUUUAUCUAAGGCUGAGUACACCGAUUUAUACAAGCUUGCAAACGAUCCCUCCAUAGAUCACAUUUCCAAAAAGGCUCAACUGAAGGGCUUGAAAACUCUUAAAAUUGGUGAAUAUGAGUCCUUGUAUCAAAAGACAAACUCCCCAACAGUGGAGGACCUCAAGGCAGCAUCAAGUAAGAUUGGAUACUCUAUCAUUGAACAGGAUGCGCACAAGAAAUUAAUGGACAAAGCUUACAGUCCUACUGUUGAUGAUCUCAUUUUGGGUGCAAAAGCUCAUAAUCAUCAAGUCGUACCUGAUUCAGAAUUAGCAACGUUAAGAAGUAAGACACACAAGCCUGAUUUGGAUCAUUUGAGUGCUAAGGCGGAAGAAUUGGCCCACGUAGUGGUACCAUCCGAAGAUUACCAACAAUUGAAAACUCUAGCACACGAACCAACCCUUCAGCAUGUUCAAGAUCGUGCCAUAUCACAUGGUCAUGUUACUAUCCCUGAGAAAGAUUUGCAGCAACUCAAGAAGUUAGCGGAGAAUCCAGAAAUAGAACAUCUCUCUUCUAAAGCUGCUGUGCAUGAUCACGUCGUUGUCGCCGCAAACGAUUUUGAGCAGAUCUCAACGAAGGCUAACAAGCCGACUCUCGAACAUAUCAAGGAGAAGGCAGACGAGCACGAGCAUGUUAUUGUAUCAAAAACAGAAUUUUCUGACAUUUCUUCCAGGGCUAAUGCACCUACUAUAGAGCAUAUCAGAAAGACUGCAUCCAUACAUGGGCAUGUUGUUGUGGCUGAGAAAGAGCAUGAAGAAUUGAGCAGAUUGGCCUAUGAUCCAAAGGUGGAUGAGCUAGCCAACGCUGCCAAGAAGCAUGAACACACUUUAAUUAGUAACGAAGAGUUCAAGACUUUGAGCGAAAAGGCAAAUUCUCCAUCCUUAGACCAUAUGAAGACCAAGGCCCUGAUAUUGAAGCAUGACUUGAUAAGUGUCGACGAUUUGGAGGACUUACGUCAAACAGUCAACAACCCUUCAAAGGAGCACGUAGAAACUAAGGCUAAGCUUUAUGAUUCUAUCGUUGUGAAUGAGAAAGAACUUCAUGAUUUGAAAUCUAGAGCGGACAAUCCAAGUAUUGAACAGCUCAAGUCACAUUCUAAUAGAUUGCAUCACGAAGUCGUUUCAAACAAGGAUUAUGAACUUUUAAACAAAUUAGCAUACUCUCCUGACGCUGACCACAUCACUAAAGUUUCAAAGAAUAUUGGAUUGAUUCUGCUUCCACUUAAUGAUUAUAAUGAAUUACAUUCAUUGGCACAUAACCCAACUAAGGAAGUGUUGAAGGAGAAGGCUGUUUCUGCGGGCUUGAUUGCAGUAGAAUCUAACGAGUUUGAUAAGUUGACAAAGCACUUUGAAACCCCACCAGUUGAUUUCAUUCAUAGCAAAGCUACCAAACAUGGUCUUAUUGCUAUACCUGAUGAGGAGCAUAAAUUAUUAUUAAAGAAUGCUAACAAUCCAACAAUUGAUCAGGUUCGUGAGAAGGCUGAAAAUCUUGACCAUGUUACUAUUUCUAAGGUAGACCACUUGAAAUUAAUUCAAUCUAUUGAGAAGCCUUCAGCUGAAUUUUUGGCCGAGAAAGCAACAACUUACGAAAAGACACUCGUUGACACUAAGAAAUUAGAUGCAAUGACAAGAACGGUGAAUUCACCAUCAAUAGAUUUCCUCGAAGAAAAAGCAAGCUUAAAUGAUCGUAUUCUUGUUGACAAAGAGGAAUACAAGACUAUAUUGACUCAAGCCUCAACUCCAGAUGUGGAUCAUAUCAAAGAAAAAGCAGCUAACUUGAAAAUGAUUGUGUCCGAAGAAGAAGAGUUCAACAAGUUAAACAAACUUGCAACAAACCCACCUCGUGAACACAUUGAAAAAGCGGCUAAAAAGUUGGAUUUGAUUACAUUACCAAUCCCUGUACAUGAUCUGUUGGUUCAAAAGGCAGAGAAUCCUUCGUUAGAGCAUUUGCGUGAACACGCCAAAAAGCAGGGACAUACCAUUCUUGAAGAUUCUGCUUACAUUAUUCUUGAGGAAAAUGCAAACAAACCUUCAAUUGACCAUGUUAAAGCAAAGUCUUUACAACAUGGUCAUGUUGUCAUUGAUAAUUCGGAGCAUCAGUUACUUCAGGAGCUCGCUAACGAACCUCCGGUGGACCAUAUUCACAAGGUUGCUUCCAAACUUGGCCUUGUAGCUGUGCCUGAAGUGGAGCUUAAUCAAAUCAGAGGUUUGGCACAUAAUCCUACUUCUGACCACAUAAAUGAAAAAGCAAAAUCGUUGGGUUUGGUCACAUUGCCAGAAGCAGUUCAUGAUUCGUUGGUUAAUCCUUCGAAGAAAGCACUUGAAAAGCAUGCCAAGUUAUUGAACCACGAUUUGAUCGACAAAGAAACUCACGACAAGUUGAGAGAAAUUGCAAAUUCUCCAACUAAGGAAUUUAUCAUUGAACAUGCUAAAGGACAUGAUCUUGUUGCUAUCUCAAACAGGGAUCACAAUGAACUCUUAAACAAAGCCAACGAUCCAGACAAGGAUCAUAUUAUCAGCAAAGCAGGUGCAGUUGGAUUGAUUGCUAUACCUAAUCAUAAACAUGAACAAUUGCUCAAUAAAAUUGAAAGCCCUUCAAAAGAAUACUUGAAAGAAAAGGCUGCUGAAAUGAGCUACUCCAUUAUUCCAAAUGAUAAAUUGAAAGAAUUAAGACAAUUGCAAGAAUCUCCCUCCCUCGAAUUCUUAUCUAAGAAUGUCAAGACUCAUGAUUGCAUGGUUGUCAGAAAUUCAGACUUUAAUUCCCUCAACAAAGCUGUAUCAAGUCCAUCGAAAGAGUAUAUUUCUGAGAAAGCACUUGCGUUGGGUUUGAUCUUGUUACCUACAGAAGAGCAUCAAUCUUUAUUAAGAUCGGUAGAAGAGCCAACUAUGGAUGAGUUGAGGGAAAAGGCGUCAAAGUCUGGUCAUCAAUUAAUUACCAAUAAGGAACAUGAAGAUUUGUUAAGCAAACUCAAGAAUCCUUCUAUCGAGUAUUUGAAAAAUCAGGCCAAAAAACAAAACUUCUCUGUCAUUUCGACGGAUGAUUAUAGCAAAUUGACGGAUGUCAUUUCAUCUCCAUCUAGAGAGCAUAUAGAAGAGAAAGCUGAAUCUGCUGGCCUUGUUGUACUUCCUAAGAAAGAACAUCAGGAUUUGAUCCAAAGGCUCAACAACCCAACAAAAGAACAAGUUGAAUUGUAUGCUGAGAGUUUGAAUUCUCAAGUCAUAAAGAAUGAUAAACUCAACGAGAUGGAGUUUAAUCUCAACAAUCCAAGCAAAGACUUCCUUGAUGAACAUUCUAAGAAGUUGGGUUUUGAAUUGAGUGAGAGUGGUACGAUUAGCUCUUUGAAGAGACUGAUAGAAAGUCCAACUAGUGAAUACUUAGCUGAAAAGGCAAGAAUUCAAAAGUUGGAAGUUAUUCCAAGUACUGAGUAUAACAAUUUGAAAGAGUUGGCUACAAACCCUACUGUGGAUCAUUUGAAAAAGCAAAUGAAGUCAAUUGAUCAUGUCAUGGUACCCAACGAUGAAUAUUCGGAUCUACUUGAGAAAAUUGAUCAUCCUGAUGUCGAUUACAUAAAGGAAAAGGCUGCUGCAAUCCAAAUGGCAGUGAUAUCUGAUCAAGAUUACGACAGCUUACUCGAUCCUAGUCGCGAAUCGAUUAUUGAGCAAGCUUCCAAGUCUGGAUUGAUUGCGGUAGAGAAAACUGAAUACACUUUGUUGAAAAAUUCAAUUGACUCUCCUACCUCUGAGUACUUGCGUGAAAAAGCUGAACUUGUGGGACAAACAUUGGUCUCCACGUCAGAAUUUGAGUCCAUGCAAAAAGAUAUUGAAUCACCACUGGAAUCUUACUUGCAUGAGAAAGCCGAAGCACUGGGAUUAUCUUUAUUACCCAAGAGUGAGCUUGUUCAAUUGAAGCAACUUGCACAUAAGCCAAGCAGGGACCAGAUCACGACGGCGGCUGGUUUGAUGGGAUUAGUAGUUUUGGAAGAAGGACAUCACAAUGAUAUCUUAGCUAAGUCAACAUCUCCCUCGAUCCAGCACCUAGUUGAGAAGGCCAAGUCACAUAACCAUUUGGUCAUUCCUGCCACUGAGCAUGAUGAUCUCAAGAGAAAGGCCAAUAGAACCUUUGAAGAUCAUGCAAACAAUAUGGAUAUGGCAGUAAUUGAUACCAAAAGUUUGGCAGAUUUACAGAGCAAGCUUGAAAAGCCAAGCUUGGAAUACCUCAAGAAUAAGUCAAGCUCGCUCAACUACCAGUUGGUUCAAAGUGUUGAACUUGAGAAUUUAAAUCUUCAAGUUGCAAAGUCUCUUGAGGAAAAGGCAGAGGAGGAAGGUAAAACGAUUAUUAGUUCUGUCGAACUCGAAGCGUUGAGGAAGCAAAUAGAUACUCCAUCUAUAAGCUACAUUACUGAGAACUCGAAGAAGUUGGGAUUCGCUUUGAUAGAGGAAUCCCAGUUGAGAGAACUUCAAAAUAAGGCUGCGAAGUCAUUAGAGGAUCUUGCUGAGGAAUCUCAAGCGACUGUUAUACUGAAGGAGGAAUUUGAAAGACUCAAACAGUUGAGUUCAAAUCCUCUGAUUUCACAUCUUUCAGAGAAGGCCAUUAAUCAUGGACACUUGGUCGUUGCAAAUGAUGAGUAUAAGACUAUCGAAAGUAAGGCAAAUAAUCCUGACCUACCUCAUUUGUUUGAAAACGCUGCCAAACACAACCAUGUGAUCAUACCUAGAGAGGAGCAUGAAGAAUUGACAACUUCAUUCAAAGAAAGCUUGGAAGAUAAAGCAAGAAGAAAUAAGAUGGCACUUAUCCCUGAAACCGAGCUUGCCUCUCUAGUUGAAAAGGUCGAUUCCCCAACAUUGGAGUUCUUGACUAAACGUGCCAAAACACUCAAUUCUAUCCUAGUUCCUAUCGAGGAGUAUGAAAAGUCUCAAAGAAUACUCAAUGAAUCUUUAGAGAGUAAAGCUGCUGCAGAAGGACAGAUUUUGUUGAAGGCAGAAGAUCAUCGAGAGCUUCUUAAUAGUGUGCACAACCCUUCUAAGGACUACUUGGUUGAAAAGGCUUCUGCUGGAGGAUUAGCGAUCAUAAAUGUGGAAGAAUUGGCGAAAUUGAAAUCUCCUACAGUUGCAGAACUUAAGCAACAUGCGGAAAGUCAAAAUCAUGUACUCGUCGAAUCUGAACAUUACGGUGCUCUUAAGGAGAAGGCUGGAAGAUCAAUUGAGGAUAUUGCUAGAGAAAAGUCAUUGACAGUUUUGAGUACUGAUGAGCAUAAGAAAUUAGUUCUGAGCGCAACCGAAACCUUGGAAUCUAGGGCUGAAAAACUGAACAUGGCAUUGGUUCCAACAAAUGAAUAUGAACAAUUGUUGACCCAGUUGGCACAGCCUACUUUGACAUACAUUGAGACCAAGGCUAAAGAUCUUGAUCACGUUGUGAUUGCAAGAAAGAAUUUCGAUGACUUGAAUUCUAAAGCUGAAGAAACCAUUGAGUCAAGGGCUUCUGCUAUGAAUAUGAUUGUGUUACCUAGUGCGCAUUACAAGGAAAUACAGAGCAAAGCUCUGGAGCCCUCUUUGGAACACAUCAAAUCAAAAAUAAGUCAACAUGGACAUGUUGUGGUUGACUCUAACCAUUAUUCUGAUUUGAUCAAAGAAACUAAUAGAAGUAUUGAAGAAAAGGCUAAGGAUCAUAAUAAGAUUGUUCUUGAUGUUAAGGAGCAUGACUCCUUGAAGAGCCCCACUCUCGCUAUGUUGAAGGAGAGGGCACUUCAUUUCAACCAAAAGCUCGUUGGAACUGAAGAACUUGAAGCAUUACAACACUCUGCUAGUGAGCACUUGGAAGACAAAGCUAAGCGUGAAAACAUGGUUCUAUUGUCCCACCAAAAGCAUCAAGAAUUGAAUGAUAUUGCUUACAAUCCAUCUAUCGAACACUUGAAUGAAUGUGCUUCCAAGCUCAAUGUUACAACAAUCCCAGUUUCCGACUUGGAAAUUUUGAGAUCCAAAGCAAAUGCCACCUUAGAAGAAAGAUUGCAAGACUCGAAUAUGAAACUAAUUGAAAAUGACGAGUAUGAUCACCUUUUGAUCAGGGCCAACAAGCCUUCAAUUGAUGACAUCAAGAAAAACGCAGAAAACAAUGGUAUGACAGUGGUUUCAAUUGAAGAUUAUGAAUCAAUGAAAUCAAAGGCCGACCAGGACAUUCGUGACAGAGCUGCGCUUGAAGGAUUAGUAGCGCUCGAAAAGGAUGAUUAUGAUGCUUUGGUAUCCAAAUCUAAAAAUCCAACAAUAAGUGAACUUACUUUGUUAGCUGGAACUCUUGGAAUGCUGGUUGUUGCAGCUAAGAAACUUGAAUUGCUUGAAACGGAAGCUAAUAAGUCUGCUAGUCAAAAGGCAACUGAAGAAGGAAAUAUAGUUGUGAACGCAACAACAUAUUCCAAAUUGGUUGAAGAUAAUAGAUCACUUCAAGAUCAAGUUUCAUUACUUGACUUUGAGAAGAAGAAGCUGGUAGAACAUCUCAAGGCAAAGUUGAAAGAUUCUGGUUUUGUCUUACUUUCUAGUGAUGUAUUUGAUGAAUUGGAAAGUGAAGUUGCCAAUGCAAGAAGAUUAUCUCACAAUUCUGGUGAUGACUUUGCAGAUGCGGAAGAGUCAUUCAUUUUAGACAAGGAAGAGCUUGGUAUAAGUGCUUCCAAGUUAGGUAUGGUGGUAAUUUCAAGGUCAGAGUAUGACGAAUUAAGACGCACCGAUGAGGACAAAUUGCAGAAGAUGGCGCAAGGUGCCUCUCUUGCGCUUCUUCCUGAAUCUCAACUAUUGAAAAUGAAACAAUCACUAGCCGAGAAAGAUUCUCAAAUUUAUAAUUUGAGCCAAAAUCCAAGAGAAGAGAUCAGUAAGGAAAAUAUUGUUGAGAAGCUGAGCGAUUAUGGAUUGGUGCUCUUGGAGAAGGAAGAAUACCAAGAAUUGAAAGCCCUCUCAUUGAACAAGGAUGAGUUUACAGUUGUUGGACGCAACUUGGGCUUACUUUGUAUCCCAUCUACUGAGUUCAUCACAACUACUGUUUCGCCUACUCCUGAUGUGAAGAGCGUUAAAGUUCUUCCAAAUAGUUACUAUCAACAAUUACUUAAGUUCAAGAGCUUGUCAAUUGAAAGAGUGUCAGAUGAUAUUUUCAAGAAACAUGCAGAAAAACGUGGUUUCAAGCACAAGGAUGAUAUUAUCACGCCAGUGAUUCCUCAGGCUUCCACAUUUGGGGAUUUACCUAAUAGAACUCCUCCUGAGCGUAUCACGGAAAGUGGUCUGAUCAAUAAGUUCACUCCACCUACUACUGCUGCUAGAUUAAGAGGUACACCGCAAUCAGGAAGUUCAUCACUUUCAAGAACCAUUGGAGGAAUGACUGCCUCAAACUCAGUGAGGUCUAACUUGUCACAUCACUCCAAGGUUCACAGUUUGAAUGAAUCUCUCCAAACAACUGGUGCCUUUUCUAUGGCCACCAAUGUUUCGUUGACGGACAAGUCUAUGAUUCCAGCGAUCACUCAAGUGGUCAUUGGUGAGUAUUUGUUCAAGUACUAUCGUCGUUUAGGGCCAUUUAGUGCCAUUUCCGAGAAUCGUCAUGAGAGAUACUUCUGGGUACAUCCUUACACUUUGACACUUUAUUGGUCAGAGUCUAAUCCUGUGUUGUCCAACCCUUCAUCUGUUAGAACUAGGGCUGCUGCUAUUGUCAGUGUUGAGAGCAUAGAUGACAAUAAUCCCUUGCCGACUGGCUUGUACCACAAGAGUAUCAUUGUUCAUUCCCAAGACAGAAGUAUCAAGAUUACUUGUGCUACAAGACAGCGUCACAAUAUUUGGUUUAAUGCCUUACGCUAUUUGAUCAACAGAAAUGUUGAUGAUUUGACCUUUGAUACUGACAAUGGGGCUCAAGAAGAUAAGACAAUUGACUCUAAUUCGAAAGUGAAUGAACCAAUGUUUGAUAUUGCUGAACGCCAUGCUUUCCCAAGACAAAGAGUAAGCUCGGCACCAUCCCACAUAUCGAAGACUUCAUCAUCUUCCAAAAUAAACAGAUUUAGCUCAUUGAGAAGAUAAAUCCGGAUUCCCCAUACAGGCAUAAGAAUAAUGUCCUUAAGAAUAAUGCAAAUUUUAUAUAGAUAGAAUUAAUAUACAGUGUAAAUAUAAUUUACUAUGCAAGUCCUCG